AUGUCUUCCUCAUAUCCUUUGUUGGACUACACGAAAGCUGAGAUGUAUGCAGCAGCGGCACUAUGCGUUGGCAAUCUUGGAAAAUCUUCUUUCUGCUACGCCAAAAUCAUUUGGAAGAUUCGUCAACAUCAGCGACGCGUGCAAACAAAUGGGGGAGUUAAUAAUCACGGAACUCUUUGUACAGACAGCAUGACUUUGAAUAAUGAACGGUACAAGAAAACAAUUUCUAGUGUGCUUUGGAUUCAGUUGACACUGACUAUUUGCUACCUGCCGUUCAUCGUAACUAUUGGCUUAGUUUCCUACAAAGGGUUUACAUCGGCGCUCGUCACCGCGUGGGGAAUAGCAGUAACUUUGGUGUUUUUUAAUUCAUCUUUAAACCCCUUUCUUUACUGUUGGAAGAUUAAGGAGAUAAGAGUAGCAGUUAAAGGCAUAGUAAGUCGGUUAUUUCCCUUUUAA